AAGCGGUUUCCACGCUGAUAUUUCCAUUUAAAUGGCAAUGUCCAUAUAUUCCAUUAUGUCCUCUUGGUUUAGCUGAAGUCUUACAUGCUCCAUUACCAUUUCUGAUUGGAGUUGAUUCAAGAUUUUUUGAUUUAUAUGAGCCACCCACAGAUGUAACUUGUGUGGAUCUGGAUACUAACACUAUAACACUUUGUGAAGAUAAAAAACAUUUAACAGCAAAACUACUUCCUAAAAAACCAACAAGAACAUUAAAGAAUACUUUAGAAAAACUCAAUGAAAAACUUGAUGAUCUCCAAAGAACUUAUAAAGCUACUUCCAAUAAAAGUAUUGAAGAAACUAAUAUUGAUAGAGAUUUUUUAAAAAAAAGGAAAGAGCAUGAAUUAGAAUUAGAGAUUCAGGAAGCUUUUCUUCGUUUUAUGGGGUCUGUACUAAAAGGAUAUCGAUGGUAUCUAAGGCCUAUUACUAAAGCACCUACAGUAGGGGCAACAGAUACAAGUUCAUUGUUUGAUUUGCAAGGUUUUUUAAAAUCCAGAGAAAAGACAAAUGUGAAAUUUUAUUCCCUUUUAACAAAAACUCAAAUGUUUAUAAGGUUUAUUGAAGAACGAUCAUUUGUUUCCAAYAUGGAUGCUGCUUUAGAAUUUUUUGAUGAGUGUUCAGAAAAGAUUGAUUUUGAAAACUAUGAUACAAGACUGAUAGAACUUGACACAUGUGGCGAAAGUGAAAGGACUGUGUUCAUUAUGCCUCCAGAAAUGAACGAUUUACCAUUUGAUACUCAGUAUACUUAUGAAAAUGGGUUUAUCUUAAAUUCUGAUUUAUUAAAGUGUAAAGAGUCGAAAAAUUAUUUGAAAGUAAAAAAUGAUGAGCAUCUACCGAUUCCAGGUAGUCCAAUGGCUAGACGUACCAAACAUGAAGUAAAAUCAGCUCAAAAACUGGCUCGUAAAUAUUCUACAUCUCCUAGUCUUUGGGCUAAAUUUUUACUGGGAACAUGUUAUAGUUUAUGGUUUAUUCAUUUACCAAGUCAUAUUCUUCAAUCAGAAGAACGUGCCGCAUCUACUCUGCGUUCAGCAUAUGAGUUAUUAAAUAAAUUUCAAAAAACUGGUGUACAUUUAUUGACUGAUGAGGUUUGCUACAGGGUUAUGAUGCAGUUAUGCGGUAUUUAUAAUCAACCAAUGCUGGCUGUAAAACUAUUACUUGUAAUGAAACGUUGUGGACUUCAUCCCAAUGCAAUAACAUAUGGCUUUUAUAACAGAGCUUUGUUAGAAUCUACUUGGCCGUCUGAUUUAAGAACACCUAGUCAACUGCUAUGGAAAAAACUUAGAAAUGUAGUAUUAAGUGCAGCAUUGUUUAAGAAAGCUGGGGCCCAGAAUAAAAAACGAAGAAAUUUAGAAGAGGAUAAAAAUUCCCAUACCUCUUUAGAAAGCUUGUCUACAACAGAAAAACAACCUUCAAUAUCAAAUACACCUAGAAAAUUAUCCAUAAAUGUUGAAUCCAAUUUCGGAUUAAGAAGUCGUCCUACAAAUAUUGUCAAACAGAUAUCCUUAUCUACAGAAGAUGAACAAUCAUGGAGUUCACAACAAUUUGAAAGUAGUGCUGGCCUCUUGAUGACUACUACUUGUUCAAGACCAAGUUCAGCUUGUUCGAAACAAAAUAGUGAUUCAAUAUCUAUCGAAAGUGAAUCUGAUUUAAAAAGAGGCCGUAGUGGGUCUCUAACAGAUGAAAUACGUCUUCAAAUUUCACCAAGAAGACAUCAUCAUUAUCAUCAUACACUUCACAAUUCAUCCAAUGACAAAUCUUCUGAAUUACUGAAAUUAUUAAAACGUUCAAAAAGUUUUGGUAAUGAUGCUCAGAUUCUGAAAAAUCUUAAUGAUCUAAAAUACCAAACAGAUUUUAAAAAGUCAAAUGGCAUAUCUAAAAAGCUUGUGUUUGAUGGUUUGAAAUCUUUUGAGUCUUCAUUAGAAAAUCUAAAUGAAGAAAGUACUCCUAAUCGUUUUGCUGAACCAGCACAGCGAACACCAGUAUUUGAAAAUGAUCCUUUGGGGGCAUUUCAAGAACAAUCAGAACCUGUUCCCAAUAUAUCAGUUACAGUUCCAAGAGUAAGGUCUGGUAUUGAGCUAGACCGUAGUGGCUCGCCUGUAUUAUUUCGUGAGUGGAGUAAUAUGCAUCGUAGUGCUACAUACAGUGAAGAUGUAGGUAAGGUCGAAAAACAUAUACAAAGAUCUUCUACUAUGCCAGCUCAUAGUGCUAACGAGCAAGAUUACCAACAAAGUCCAAUCAAGUCUGCUUUAGGAUCUGCAUUUAAAAUACCGUUUUCUCAGUAUACUCCAACUAAAUUUUCGUUACCGCGUAAGUCCGACUUCCGUAUGGGUACCAACAUUAUUGAAAAUGCAUUCACUAAUCUCAGUUCAUCAAGUUUUUCUGGAAAAAAAUCAAAUGAGCUUUUAAUGGGCGGAUUGACUAGUUUAAAAAGUGCAGCUAAUACAAUGGUGAAAAAAUUUGAUGAAAUCAAAGAAGCAAUAUCUACAAAUAAUACCCCCAUAAAAGACUAUGUUCAAUGUCAAAGGGAAGAAGACAAUUGGAAUGGAGAUGACAAUGAUCAACAAUCAAAUGAGCCAAGUGUUAGACGUAAAAUAUCUAGUGAGAUAUCCUCCCUUGCUGUUGCUCAACACUUAGAUUCUUGGAGUUCUAAUUUAAUUGAUCUUUUUACUGAUGGCAACAGGAAAAGUAGUUCUACAAAUAUGAAUUCUGGUUGUGCAACAAUAGAUUCAUCACAAUUAAGUUUAUUCCAAGAAAAACUUUAUAAGCGCUCUAGUCAUACGCCUGAAUUGGUUGCCUUAGAAAUUGUUAUGACCACAUGUUCAAAAUGUCACAACUGUGGAUGUUUAAUGUUUGAUGAAKAAAUAAUGUCUGGUUGGGUUCCAGAUGAUUCUAAUUUGAAUACAAAAUGCAGGCUAUGUCAUAAGGAAGUAGUACCGUUUUUAACUAUUGAUGUCAUUGACUAUCGAUCAAAAAAUAGCAAUUUAACAGACGAAAAUAUUAUGCAUAAUCGAGAAAAUGUAGAUUUACUAACAGAAAACAAUGCAAGAGAAACAAUAAGUGAUGGGUAUAAAGCUGACACAAUAACAGUUCCUUAUUUAAAUCCACUUGUCUUGCGCAAAGAACUAGAGUCUAUUCUUGUGGCUGAAGGUGACGUUUCAUUAAUACACUCCAAGUUUGCUGAUGAACAUCCUAUAAUAUAUUGGAAUCUAGUCUGGGUAUUUGAAAGAAUAGCAGUACCAUCACAUAUUUCUGGUUUAUGUCUAAAUGCAAAUUGCAUACUAGGCGAUCGAGAUGUCAAUGAUUUUCAUGAUAUUUGGUCAGCUUGUGAUUCAUCGAAUGUAUUAAUAACAACUCUGUGGGACAAUCCUAAACUGUAUGAUGAUCUAGGUUCUCCAAUGUAUGUAUUUUGGUCUGAUGAAGAGUCUAAAGAGAGUUGUUUGAUUAGUGCUUUGGUCACUGAUCGCAAUACAGUACCUAAAAAUGUUAUGUCAAAAAUUAUAUCAAACAUUCGUCGUAACAAUCUAAUAGAUCCACUCAAAAAAUUAGCUCUCGAGAGGAAUAAAUUACGAGGAAACGAUUUAACGCAUAGUCAUUCUCUGUACAGAGACAUCCUGUUUUUAACGAUUACAGCAAUUGGUCGUGAAAACAUUGACAUUAGUGCUUUUGAUCAAGAGUAUUUAAUAGCUUUUGAAACUGUAUCAGAGAGCGAUUCUAAAUUAUUGUUAAAAUGUGAUAACCCAUUAUCAAUUGGAAGUCAGUAUUGUCGUCAUUUGUUCAAGGAACUUGAGCUUUCAAAUUACAAGUGA